AUGGCCGGGGUUCCAGUUACCGACAAGAGGGCCGCUUCGCGUCAAACCGAGACGCGAUGUGCUAGUAAGCCCCCGCGCAUCCCAGACUACGAUGAAAUUCUACUGACGCCAAGAAGGGAGAUCAUCACGGUUCAGGCAGGCCAAUGCGGCAACAGCAUUGGCAGCCAAUUCUGGCAGCAGCUUUGUCAGGAACACGGAAUCGGCCAGGAUGGCAAUCUCGAGGAUUUCGCGACCGAGGGCGGUGACCGGAAAGACGUCUUCUUCUACCAAAGCGACGACACACGGUACAUCCCACGGGCCAUCCUCAUCGACCUGGAACCCCGCGUCAUCAACGGAAUACAGACUGGCCCUUUCAAGAACAUAUACAAUCCUGAGAACUUCUACGUUGGCAAGAAUGGAGUCGGCGCCGCAAACAACUGGGGCGAUGGGUACCAGACGGGCGAGACCGUGUGUGAGGAUAUCAUGGAGAUGAUAGACCGCGAGGCCGACGGCAGUGACUCGCUCGAGGGUUUCAUGAUGCUGCAUUCCAUCGCUGGCGGCACAGGUUCUGGUCUGGGGUCCUUUCUGCUCGAGCGGUUGAACGACAGGUUCCCCAAGAAGAUCAUCCAAACAUACUCCGUGUUCCCAGACACGACGACUGCCGGAGAUGUCGUUGUGCAUCCCUACAACAGUAUGCUGGCGAUGAGGCGGUUGACGCAGAAUGCCGACUCGGUAGUGGUCCUUGAUAACGGGGCUCUGUCUCACAUCGCCGCCGACAGACUACACGUGCAAUCGCCGUCUUUCCAGCAGACCAACCAGCUUGUCUCAACCGUCAUGUCUGCUAGCACGACAACACUGCGGUAUCCGGGCUACAUGCACAACGACCUCGUCAGCAUAUUGGCCUCGCUGAUUCCCACACCUCGUUGUCAUUUCCUCAUGACCGCAUACACUCCGUUCACGGGCGACCAAGUCGAGCAAGCCAAGACAGUGCGGAAGACGACGGUACUGGAUGUCAUGCGGAGACUGCUGCAGCCCAAGAACCGGAUGGUCUCGACCGUACCGGGCAAGAAGAGCUGCUACAUCUCCAUCCUCAACGUCAUUCAAGGCGAGGUGGACCCGACAGAUGUGCACAAGAGUCUUCUCAGGAUUCGUGAGCGGAGGCUGGCGCAGUUCAUUCCCUGGGGCCCGGCCAGUAUACAGGUGGCUCUCACAAAGCGUAGCCCCUACAUCCCGAUGAGCCACCGCGUGAGUGGCCUCAUGUUGGCUAACCACACAAGCAUUGCAACUCUCUUCAAGAGGAUCAUCAGGCAGUACGAUGGCAUGCGAAAGCGCAACGCAUUCAUGGAGGGAUACAAGAAAACCGCCCCAUUUUCAGACAACCUAAACGAAUUUGACGAGUCGCGAGAGGUGGUGGCCGACUUGAUUGCCGACUACGAAGCCGCCGAGAAUGCAGAUUAUCUCAAUCCCGACCUGGGCGAAAAGGCCACCUCGGCAGAAACCGACAGACAGAUGACUCAGUCCAAGGCCGACAAGAUCAACGAGGCUCAGUCCAACCUGCCUCUCCCCGAGCAGCCCGUCGCAUCUGACUGGAACUCUGCCGACGCCCGCAACGUCAACGUUGGCUCCGGCCGCGACGUGGCGAGCGACAUCUCGACCGGCGCCGGCUCCACGGCCGGCCUGCGCGAGCCCGCCACCAAGUCGUCAGGCGAGACCGAUAUGAGCAACAUCGGCCGUGAGGGCAAGGACAAUCUGGACGGACCCCCCAAGGAUGCCGCCGCGCGAUAG